AGCAACGCGCCAGUCUAGGAAAAAGCUGCUUGAUUUUGCUAAGGCAUCAGGACAGACAUACUCAAUACGGCUAAAUAAGUUGUUUUUGAACAAGAAGUGCUACGUUUACUGUUCUACCACUGACAAUGUAUGCGAAGUCAACAUGCCACGUGCAGCACGCUCUUCUGUUCGGUCGCGUCAAGCUAUCGAAGGAAAUGGUUCGACAUAGCUAGCACAUGCGCAAUCUAAUAACACCAUAUCUGUUUUUUUCACUAACGUGCGAAGUCUACUAAAUAAACGUGCUGCGGUGUCCUCACUGAUUGAUUCAUGCGCUGUUGACAUAGUAUGUCUCACUGAAACAUGGCUCUCUGCUCGGAUAAAAAAUAGCGAAAUUUUUGAUUGUGAAAAACUGUAUUCAUGUUAUCGCUGCGAUCGUGGUGUGCGAUCAGGUGGAGGUGUCUUGAUUGCAGUAUCUGAAACGCUCACUUCAAGCUCAGUUUCCAUAGAAACACCACUUGAACUUGUUUGCGUGCGCGUUGUACUCGACAACAGAGAUGUUAUAUUUUGCACAUGCUAUCGCCCUCCUACUGCUUCGACAUCAUUUUGCGAUGACCUUCACGACGCAUUGAACAAAUUAGUUGUCAGAUACCCUAACGCUCCCCUUUUUCUUCUUGGUGACUUUAACUUUCCCGAUAUCAUUUGGCGUAACGACAUGGCAACGUCCCAGUCUUCUCAGAGUACCCAGUUCAUAAACACUUGUUUGGAUUUCCACUUCACCCAGCUUGUACUGAAACCAACGCGCGUGUCUGCCUCUUCAUCUAACAUACUAGAUCUGAUUCUCACUACGAACCCUGACACAGUUUCCCCAAUUAUUUACAUAAAAGGCUUAAGUGAUCACCGUGCACUCACUUUUCAUAUCAACGCACGGGCUCCUGUUAAGAAAACUACGAAGGUGAUCCGCGAUUACAGCAAAGCCGACUUGGCUUCCAUUACCGCUGAAAUGGAAAAUUUCGCAGCUUCUUACAUCGCUAAUUGCGAUCAGCGCUGUGUUGAAGAAAACUGGUGCAUUUUCAAAAAUAAAUUGUUGUCAUUAAUCGAACGUUUCGUACCGCAAAGAACAGUCGCUUGCAAGCCACGGUCCCCUUGGUUCAACCCCUUUUUGAAGCGACUACGUAACAAAAAAAAAAAGCGGUUGUUUCGUCGCGCAAAAGCUUCAUGCAGUGACGCUGCUUGGUCCGCUUACUACCUCACUGAAAAUGACUACAACACAGCCUCCGCUAGUGCGAAACAGCAUUUUUAUUCUGUUACCCUUCCGUCCAUCUUGCAAACUAAUCCUCGUAAAUUCUGGACCAUAGUUAACGGUACACCAAGCAAAAUAAUCCAAUUAACAUACCCAAAUGAUCAACCUGUUGCUCCUGAAGAAUGCUGUAAUGUAUUUAAUGAUGUGUUCUCUUCACAUGUUACCACAAUGCCACGUGGAUUACCGCUUGUAUCCAAUUCUGGUUUUUCGCCCAUGGAUCCAAUCUCUAUUGACUGGGUUGGUGUUAGCUGCCUAAUUAACAAUCACAAAACGUCCUCCUCUGCCGGCCCAGACUGCCUGAACUCAAAAAUUUUGAAGUGUACUAAUGUAUUUUCUGCUGUUAUUUUGUCGCACAUUUUCACUCAGUCAUUACAGCAGUCUGUUCUUCCACACGACUGGUGCGUGGGAAAGGUGAUUCCAGUUCAUAAAUCAGGACGAGCACGGACUGGAAUCGCCUUCCCGCCUCAAUCGCACUCAUCACCGACCCUACUAACUUCAAGACCGCCGUUCAAAAUGCCUUUUGUUAGUAUUUUUGUUAAUACUUUUUUGUUUGUAUUUUUUACUGCAUUACUUCUUGUUUUGACUCCACUCCUUUCUGUAACGCCUUCGGGCCUUGAAAGUACGUGAAAUAAAUAAAUAAAUAAAUAAAUAAACCUUCUGCUUCCUUUCGUCCGCACAGGACACGCGCUAAUGGACCUAAGAGCUCUUCUCAGUGCAAAUCACGCACUUACUGAAUACCUACGCGCUUAACCUUAGAAAAUAAAAAAGAAAACGCUUAUAAAGAAAAUAAGGUUAACUAAUACACACGCGCGUUACCAUAGGCCUCUCAACGAUAACCUUUCCACUCAGGUUACUUACACACACACAAAAAAAAAAACCUAUCUACUUAUUAAUGAACACCUCGCGAUACAUGUUUACAAAAAAACGCGUCUUUCAACUCUCGGAGCUUCUCGAACGAAAACAUAAAGAAAGCUCAUACCUUACUUAUUGAAAGAAACUUAAAUCCGGAAAAUUAUCCGAGUGCUCAAAAAAAUAAAACAAAACAGAACAUUUUCCUUCUACGGAAGCUCUCUUGGCCUCCCUUUUCAAACGUUUACAACUGACUGAGCCGUACCCGAGGUUGAGCCGUACCCGAGGUGGUCGCGGUCCGAAAGCUACUCUGGCUACCGAGGAACAACAAAAGGGCUGACUCACUAUUAGCACCCCCAAGACGUUACAGUCCCCUGCCAAUUUGCGUCCUGGCGCCCCGUUUUCAUCACGAACUCGUUUAACCGCGUCGCUACUCCCCACCUGGUCUCGUCUUGCCACCUUGCGCUUCUUCGUACUACACGCUGAGCGUCGAAAAGAACGACGGAACGACGAGG